UAAUUCGGCGCGCGUGUCAUAAGGAGUCCUCACGAGUUUGUUCUCUCCCGAACUGAGUUUACACGCAGCGGGUUUUGUCCAUAGUCUCAGAAACGCUUCGCAGGUUCAUCUCCCGAGUCGUGUGCUUCUCCAACAUGGGUAAAAGAAACAGGAACAGACAAAACUUUAAAGAUGGGCGACCGGAAGGAAAGAGGAGCAGAGAUGAUGCUGGUUGGGGCGCAGGCUACGCCGAAAUCGUCAAGGAGAACAAGCUGUUUGAGCAGUACUACCGUGAGCUGAAGAUCGUUCCCGACGGAGAGUUUGAGGAGUUUAUGGAGGCUAUGAGAGAGCCACUGCCUGCCACCAUCCGCAUCACCGGCUACAAAAGUCAUGCCAAAGAGAUCCUACAUACCCUGAAAGAGAAAUACUUCAAAGAAAUCCAGGACCUGGAGAUCGAUGGACAGAAGAUUGAAGCCCCUCAGGCUCUAAGCUGGUACCCCGAUGAACUGGCUUGGCACACCAACAUGAGCCGGAAGAUCUUGCGCAAGUCUCCGCUUCUGGAGAAGUUCCACCAGUUUUUAGUGAGCGAGACCGAAUCCGGAAAUAUCAGCCGGCAGGAGGCGGUCAGUAUGAUUCCUCCUCUGCUGCUGAAAAUCGAACCUCAUCACAAGAUUUUGGAUAUGUGUGCUGCUCCAGGGUCAAAGACCGCUCAGCUUAUAGAGAUGCUCCAUUCUGAUAUGGAUGUGCCCUUUCCUGAGGGCUUUGUAAUCGCUAACGAUGUGGAUAAUAAGCGCUGUUACCUGCUGGUGCACCAGGCUAAGAGGCUGAACAGUCCGUGUAUCAUGGUGGUGAACCACGAUGCCUCCUGCAUCCCACGUCUGCAAGUGGAGAGCAGUGGAAAGAAGGACAUCCUGUUUUAUGACCGAGUCCUGUGCGAUGUCCCCUGCAGCGGAGACGGAACGAUGCGGAAGAACAUCGACGUAUGGAAGAAGUGGACGACCAGCAACAGCCUCCAGCUCCACGGCCUGCAGUUUAGGAUUGCGGUACGUGGCGUGGAGCAGCUGGCUGUAGGUGGGCGGAUGGUUUACUCCACCUGCUCUCUGAACCCCAUCGAGGAUGAAGCGGUGAUCGCCUCCCUGCUGGAGAGGAGUGAAGGUGCCCUCGAGCUGGCUGAUGCCUCUGCUGACCUGCCUGGUCUAAAGUACAUGCCUGGUAUCACAUCCUGGAAGGUGAUGACCAAAGAGGGUCAGUGGUACUCCGAUUGGUCCGAAGUUCCCACGAGUCGUCACACACAGAUCAGACCCUCCAUGUUCCCUCCUACUGACCCCGACAAACUGAAGAGCAUGCAGCUGGAGAGAUGCAUGAGGAUCCUGCCACAUCACCAGAACACCGGUGGCUUCUUCGUGGCCGUGCUGGUGAAGAAGGCGCCCAUGCCGUGGAACCGCCGCUAUCCAAAACUUCGGAAUAAAGAGGCCACCAGUGAGGACGCUCAGGCUGAGGAGGGAGAGGCGGAGGUGGCGGCGGUGGCGGCGGCGGUGGCGGCGGCCGAGGGAGACGCCGUUCUGGAAAACGCUCCAGAGGUGGAAUCCAAGAAAGACGGAGUGUGUGGCCCCCCGCCUUCAAAGAAGAUGAAGCUCUUCGGCUUCAAAGAAGACCCCUUUGUGUUUCUGACGGAAGACGACCCGGUCUUCCAUCCCAUCCAAACAUUCUACAACCUCUCUCCAGACUUCCCCAAGCUGAACGUCUUGACCAGGACGCACGAGGGAAAGAAAAGACACCUGUACAUGGUGUCCAAGGAGCUCCGCAACGUCCUGCUCAACAACAGCGAGAGAAUGAAAGUGAUCAACACGGGAGUGAAAGUGUGGUCGAGGAAUAAUGACGGAGAACAGUUCGGCUGCGCCUUCAGACUGGCCCAGGAGGGUAUCUACACUCUGUGUCCUUACAUCAGGGCACGUGUCAUCACGGUUAGCAUGGAGGACGUGAAGGUUCUUUUAACCGAGGAGAAUCCUUUCCUCAGCAGGCUGGGGGACGACUCUCACGCCCAGGCCAAGAAGCUCGAAAUGGGCAGCGUCGUUCUAAGAUACCAACCCGAUCCAAAUGAUCCCAGCGCCCCUCAGUGCACCAUAGAUCUGUGUGGUUGGAGAGGAAAGACCUCCAUCAGGGCUUUCGUGGCCCGAAACGAGCGUUUGCACUACCUGCGCAUGGUGGGCGUGGAGGUCUUUCGAAACAAGCAGGGCAAAAAGGAAGGCGGUGCAGCAGAAGCUCAGGAAGGAGGUGCAGCAGAAGCUCAGGAAGAAGGUGCAGUAGAGGAGGCGGCGACAGGACAAGAAGAAGUACAAGAGGACGGAGGGAUGCAGAAAGAGAACUUGGACACAGAACAGAACGCAUCCUCAGAACCCAAAAGUAACGGCGCGGAGGAAGCUUGCAGCACUUGAGACUGGGAAUUCUUGAGUCAGACUGAACCAAACUGGAAGACUGUGGGGGUACUCUCCAAUAAACAUGGAUCGGGCCAUGAUUUAGCUAAGCAGCAAGUCUCUGUAGAAUUGAUAUACUGAAGUUUGGUUCUGUGUUUUUAUUUUUAUUUUUUGCAAGUAUUUAAUGGUUCUGUUUUAUUUUAAGAUCUUUUGCGCAUCUAACUGGAUUGUUGAGAUUUGUCUCUGCCAGUAGCUAAAUGUCAAACAACGAGCCAACUGGGCCCUAUGACCUAGUGUUUUUAUUUCAUUUUGAAAGUACCCCGGAAUACAUUUCAUUUAACACCUGUGUAAGUGUUCGAUAGAAUGUAAAUACAACUUUUAUUAAAAGCUUGAAAAGGAAUUGCCUUUUGUUUCAGUGACUGAGCUCGUAUCUGCACCCCAACGCUGAUAUUUCCUACAUAAGCACUUUUCUUUUUAAUCACCGUCUCGAAUAUCUUUCCAGCGUGAUUCAGAAACGCCGCUUGCCGCUUGCUUAAUUUGGCUGCCGUUUAGCUUGGCAUGGCAAUCCUUCCCCAGCGCCGUGACCAUAGUAACAAACUCCUCGGUGUGCCGAUCUAUUCUGUGUUCAACAAGCCAAAUCACAACAGCAGAGAGUGGGACAAAGACGAGACAGCGGCAGACCGGCCUGGAAGCCCACAUAUGCUCUGUCGAGUCACGAAGGGGUUAUGUAGGUGUCAUGUAGCUUCAGGAACACCAUAUUUUCUGUCUGUCUGUCUAUCUCUUUUUCUCUGUCUGACUGUGUGUCUCUCUCUCUGUCUGUCUGUGUGUGUGUGUGUGUGUGUGUGUGUGUGUGUUGAAGAUGGUGAAGAAGGUGUGAUAAUUAGAUGAUAAGGGUUGUCUGGUUGUUUCUCUAAAUAGACAACCGAAGAAAAAAAAAAAAAAAAAAAACAGGCAUGAGUGUAAUUUCUUUUUCUUCUGCUGUGGCAACGGUGCUAAUUAAAAUCUCUCUUCAGUCCAUCUUGCCGCCUUUUCAUGAAAUGUCAUUCUGGUUUCCUCUCCCUGCUGUCUACACCCUCGCUUUCCUUUACCCUUUCUGAAGACUAAGAUGUGGGCAGAAUGAUGGCAGAAACACAACAUAUUAUUCAUCAGUGAAAAGUCUCGCCCCCCCUAUACACUAUGUCUAAGAAUUUUUGUUUCCUUUAAUAAACAUUAUGCACGUUUUAUCACGGUUCUUAUUUCUGGUACAUAAUAAUAAUAAUAAUAAAAAUAAAAUAUGAAGGAGACAUAAGCCGGUCAUCAAAUUGAUGGAACAUAUAGUCUGGACAUUUUCCUCCUCCCUGGCUUUGUGCACUAGACUGUGCUAAGUUAGGCUAAGCCUGUUGGACAUGAAUACUCAGUUAGGGAUUAUAUAAUAAAAAGGUUACGCAAUGAGCGCAAGCAGAAACAGAACGUCUGCUAGGGAUGAUGUAGGGUUUCAUGGGGAUUAGAUUGCUUCUGUCUCUCUGGCCUGGGAUUUAGAAGGGAUGUCCAUUCAAAAUCUCUCUCUCUCUCUCUCAGUAUAAUAUUUAAUCUUACUGAGAUCAGGAACAGCCUCAAAUGCACUUUUG